AUGGCGAAUCCACAGGGUCUCCUCGACCUCCCGCCAGAGAUUUGGUCUCAAAUCGGCAAGCUCGUGGUCGACAAUGAAGCAAACCUUCCUUAUUACGACUUCCUCACUGUAGAACGGCUUUCACGUGGCCAGCCUCAGCCUCCAGUCACUCGUGUCUGCAAAGUCUUGCGCGAGGAGCUCCUGCCCUACUACUACAAAACCAAGAUCUGCAUGUCGAGGGAUCGUGCUGAGACUGCCGAAAUCUACUGGAACAGCCUCAAAAAGAUUGUACCUUUGCUGGGAUCCCUGGGUUCUGCUAGAGUCGCUAGCUGGCUGCCAAGAAAACAGGAAGAAUGUGCGCGGCUUGUCGAUCUGCCAUGA